AUGACCACUUCAUCCUUUGAGUCCUCAACCACUCCCUGGACAGUAUCAACCUUGAUCAACCCAGUAGAGUCAAUUGUAGCAGACAACACCCUUGUCCUUACCACCCUCCUGGGUCUUCUCCUGAUCACCCUACUCUCUGUUCUCUCUCUUGCCCUUACCUUUCCCCUCCUACUUCACAUCAAUAUCAAGCACCUGGCAUACAAGCACCAGUGGGCGUUCAACAUUGCUGCAACAGUCCAAUGCCCCCUCCAGCCUACAGUCACCCACCAACCCAUCAUCACUACUCAUUGCAACCAAAACCAGCUAGGUGGAGUGUAUUUUGAGUACAUCAAGGAUCCCUCCAACUAG